CACCCACACUCCAGUCAGAACAUCGACUACUCUCUCUGUCAUUACCUUCUUCGACCUCUCACCACCACCAUCUUUCCCACCAGUAUCACUACCACAACCAUCAUUACCAUCUAAAUUAUAUCCAGCAAACCCAACCAUCACCACCAAGAUGUCCAGCCAGCCUCCCCGCGCACCGAGACAUUACCCUCAGGGCCAGCACCUAAGCCGUCACGCCCCAACCCACCCCCAAAAGAACGACGAAGACACCCCCAUCGACCAACUCCGCGCCGAGCUAGGCGCCCACAACCUGCAGUUCGGCAUCUUCAAGCAGCAGCUCACGAGCCAGCUCACCGCCCUGUUGCAGAGCAACAACGCUCUGAUCCAGACGCACCAGACCCUGCAGCAGGAGAACACGCUUCUGCGCGACGAGGUCGCCCGCCUCGGCCGCGAGGCCGCCCACCAGCGCGCGGAGCUGGCCACUCUGCGGUCCGCGGUGCACGCGGCCGCCGGCGAGCGCCAGGAGGAUCUCCUCCGCGCUGACAACAUCAUGCAGGGCAUGUGGGGCCAAAUCCAGAAUCUUUGGACGGAGUUGCGUGCGGUCGAUGAGAAGGCCCGCAGCGAGCUUUUUGGGUGGUUGAGAGGGAGUGACGUCCUCCUCGACUAUAGCAUUCUUAACUUCCCUCUCGCCUUCCUGUAUAUGUGUAGCAAGAUGCUCAUCCACCGAGCAUACCACUCCCUUAAAUAG